GUCUCUUCCCUGCCAUCCUCAACCUGGCCAGUAAUGCAGAGAUCACCACCAACGCCACCUGUGGAGAGCCUGAGCCAGAGAUGUACUGUAAACUGGUGGAACACGUACCAGGACGACGCAUCCGCAACUCCCAGUGUCGAACCUGUAAUGCCCAGAGUCAAAACCCCAAAGAGCAACAUCCAAUCACCAAUGCUAUUGACGGCACCAAUGGGUGGUGGCAGAGCCCAAGCAUAAAAAAUGGCCGCCAGUUCCACUUGGUGACCAUCACUCUGGAUUUACGACAGGUAGGAAUUCUGAGGACUGCUAUGUUGCUGCUUUUACACUGCACCUCUUUCUUUAGCUACAUGGUGAGAACACACACACUCUAAAUUGUGCCUUCCGGUAUUAUA